GCUGGCAUCCAUCUAGUCUGAGGGACGCAGGACCGAGGAACUACCGUUUGCGCUCUUUUUUUGGGAAAGCUGGUUUUGAGCCUUUUCGAGUGUGAACUUUAUAUAUUUUUUCGCUCUCUCCCUCCCUCUCCGUCUCUUUCUCUCUCGCUCUCUUUUGUGGGAAUACCAACUCUGCGCCAAAUACUCUGAUAAGAUGCUGCUCCUGCUACUGGGAAUCAUCCUCCUGCACAUCGCAGCCCUGGUCCUGCUGUUUGUCUCUACCAUAGUCAGUGUAUGGACGACAGGUGCAACCGGCACCUCAGACCUCUGGACAAACUGCUCCACUGCCAAUGGAGGAUACCAUUGUGACCCCGCCUCUGCUGGAGAAUGGAUCCAAGCAGUCCAGGCCCUCAUGAUCCUGUCAAUCAUCUUCAGCAUCCUGUCUCUCUUCCUCUUCUUCUGUCAGCUCUUCACUCUGCAGAAGGGCGGACGCUUCUUCCUCACCGGAACCUUCCAGAUCCUUGCAAGUCUGUUUGUGAUGAGCGGAGCCAUAAUCUACACGGUGAUGAGUCCCAACUGGGCCCCGGAGACAGACACCUUUGGCUUCUCCUACAUCCUGGCGUGGGUAGCCUUCCCGCUGGCGCUGAUCAGCGGACUCAUCUACGUCAUCUUGAGAAAGCGAGAAUGAAAAACCCCUCCGUUUCCCCCCACGGUCCCACUAACCCCUGCCAAACUCCAGUAAAGUCAGCCCCCAACCCCAACCACCCCCACCCAGAAGGUGGAGUAUUGACGUCUGAGUGCCAAUGGCCUGUGUAGCCUCCAGGCUACUACACACAGAUCCUAACGAGGGGGUAACACCAAGAAACAGAAACCCAGAUCAAUACAAAAAAGAAAAAAAAAAACCACACAAUUUGAAGAUGUAUAUAGUAUCUAUGGUUUAAAACCUAUUUAUAACACUUUUUACAUAUAUGUACAUAGUUUUUGUGUUGCUCUGUCAAUUGAGCUUUGUUUUAGCUGAUUAAGUGCCUCAAUGUUUGUUCGUAAGACGCUAUUUUAUCGGGUUUUAUGUUCCUGUUUUUUGGUCAUUGCCAAAGAUUUAUCAAAAUAAAAAAAAAAGGUUUCUCGAAUUAUUUAACCAAAGCGCAUGUAUAAACAUUAGAAAAGGUAAAAAUAAUCUCUGAUGAGCUUGCUUUUUUAAAAGAGUGGUAACAUCCAAAUGAGAUGGAUCGAUGCUAGGCUAGCAGUUUAAUGUAGGUUUGGUCCUUUUCUAUUUUCAAUUCGCAAGUUUCGAUGUUUUUUUUUUCCAUUUUCUUUUCAACAACAAUGGUGCUAUGUAUUUACCAUUCCUAUAACUGAUAGAAAUCAUUUACAUGUGAGUUGGUUUUUUUGAUUGUUUAGACUCGACCCGUUAGCCCUUUUUGUCUUUUUCGGUUUUCUUUUCUUUUCUUUUUUUUUUUUUUUUUUUUUUUUGUGUAUUGGUUGAACUACUGUAACAAAUAAUGAUGGGGUUUGAUCCAAAACCAAGCAUUAUGUAGAAUGUCAGUAUUAAGCAUUCACCAUCAGCUCAUGUUCAUGGUAAACUUACCGAGCGUUAGCUUAAUUUUAACCGUUUGCCUCACCUCUUACUGCAUAAAUUAUGUACACACUGUGUGUAUGAUCAGUAAACCCGAUUUGCCAAUCUGCCUCUUAAUAACGCUCACUGUAGGGUUAUAUUGGUGCAGGGCAAUGAUGCUUCAGCCAAAAUGGUAUUCCUCUGAACACUAUUAGCAACACAGUCAUUGAAAUGAAGCCAUAGAGGAAAAGACCAGAGGACAGGACAGAACAUAAUUAGUAUAAGCUUUACAUGCGAGCAAGUACAAUGAGGUUUGCAGUGGUGAUACAAAUGUCUGUUACACAUACUUGAAGUUUGACAUGCUGCCGUCUCUAAGUCUAGAAUUUAGCUCUCAUCCACUGUAUGAUGGGGUUGUGUAGUUCUUGUGCCUAACAAAUGUGGAUGAGGAUCUCACCUGAACACUCACUCACUUGGUAAAACAGACAAAAAAAAAAAAACAGUUUUACUAUUCCGGCAUCGUCUAAUAUCACGUAUUCCACUGUGAUAAGGGACUGUAUUGAGGCUAACAUUUGCAUUAGAAGCUAGAAGUUACGUGAUGCAAAAGUAAUUUCCGAGGCUAAUGUGCUGAUGGUUAAAUGUUUACCUUUAAACUUUGCAGUUGCGCAUUUCUAGAUACGAGCUGUGGGGUGCAAAAAGUGUCACGUGGAAUCCCUGCCGAUAACUUUAGUAUAUUAUGUGUGUGUCAUUAAAAUGAAUGCUAAUGAAUGAAUUCUAAACUAUUUGUGGCCCUCGAUCUGUUUACAUGGAUGAGCGCACAUCCACAAACCCUCUGUGAUCCAGCAGUCAUGGAAACCCAUACUCGUCCCAAGGCAGAUAAAGGUUAUCUUAGUGCAGACUUGGCUUCAUCUCUGCAUGUGCCAAGUUAUUGUGUUCAGCAUGCUACGGUGAAUUCGCCUGUCAGACGAGCACGCUAUUCAUUGAGUUCAAGAAAGCUGGCGUGCGCCUGGCUUUGCAGACCGCAGUUCGUUACUCAUGUUACAUGUGCUGGGGUCUACAACCCAGGGUUCGCCAUAAGAUGUCAGUCCUCCUUGGAACGCAGCUAGUGUUUCGCUGUCAGCGGCCUUUCCCCCGCUGUACCAUCAGAAAUAAGUUAACUAGGAUGUGACUUGAACACUGUAAGCAAGCAAGGGUUCGCCCUCUCCAUGCAAAAUGUCCUUCCUUCGAGGUCCCGAUACCCAAAUCUAAAAAUUGAGGUGUGUUGUGAUGAGUAUUAUCAGUUAAUUUAGAGCUUAGUAGCAAUGGGAUAAGCUGCUAGAUGAGAGUCGUGGUUAGUUUGAGACCCACUGUUGUCAUAGGGGGGUUCAGUUAGAAGAGGUUUCAUGUCUCUAAUGACAACUGCCCUCUCUUUACUAUCUUCUGUAAAGCUAUAGUUCAGUUGUCUAUCUUCGCCAUUUUUACACCUAAACUACUGAGUGUUCAUGCUAUUACAAAAAUAGUACUUUGAAUUUAAUCAUUAAAGGAUGUUUCUUAC